AUGGAAGACAAAUGGAAAACCGAAAAAACACUUGUGAAAUUUUACUUCAGACGCGAAAUAAAAUCAGUUUUGCAUUGAAUUGUCACUGGCGAUGAAAAAUGGAUUUAUUUUAAGAAUCCUAAAUGGAGAAAACCAUGGGUUAAUCCGGGACGACCAUCAACAUCGACUGUGAAACCAGAUCGAUUCGGCAAGAAGGCAAUGCUCUGUGUUUGGUGGGAUCAAAUAGGUGCGGUGUAUCAUGAACUUCUAAUACCUGGUAAAAUUGUUAAUGCUAAUCGCUACAGACAACAAAUGAUCAAUUUGAACUAUGCAUUGAUCGAAAAACGAUUAGAAUGGGCUAGAAGACACGGCAAAGUACACGACAAUGCACCUGCACACAAAGCAAAACCGGUUCAGGAAACAAUCAAAGCACUUGGCUGGGAGCUGCUACCUCACCUGCCGUAUUCACCAGACUUGGCCCCUUCCGACUAUCAUUUGUUUUCAUUGGAGGGACAGGCAUUGGCUGAGCAGCACUUUGAUUUCUACGCAGGAGUCAAAAAUUGA